UUGAACCCUCAAAAGUUGUGCACACACUGCCCCUUGCCAGUUGACAUAACAACAACUGUUGAGGCUCCUCAACGCAUCGGAAUUGAAAUAAUGCAAAUUAUUAAAGUAGUUACCCGCAAUUUAGUCAAACACAAACACUUAUGUCAUCCAAAAUUGCUAAAUGUCACUGCCAGGCUCUACUGCAGCGCAGCCAGAGGCCCCAAGCUGCCCUUGGCUGCGGGCUAUCAGCCAAAGCCCGUGGAGGAGGCAUAUUGGGAGCGUGAAAAAGAGCCCACGAAGGAGUUGAGCAGUGGAUGCAAACGUGGGCCCUAUCGCAUGAUCCUGCCACCGCCAAAUGUAACCGGAAACUUGCAUUUGGGCCACGCGCUGAUGGCGACUGUGCAGGACGUGAUAGCCAGGCAACAGAGGCAGCUAGGCUACGACGUGCAGUGGGUACCGGGAACGGACCACGCGGGCAUUGCCACACAGGUGGUCGUGGAGCGCACCUUGGCCGCAACGAAAGGCAAAACGCGACAGGAAAUUGGACGAAAGGCCUUCCUAGACGAGGUCUGGAAAUGGAAGGCAGAGAAGGGCGCUGGAAUUGUGCAGGACUUGCGUCAACUGGGCUGCUCACUCGACUGGCAGCACGAGUACUUCACCAUGGACGAACAACAGGCCAAUGCCGUCAGCGCAGCCUUCAUACGACUCUUCGAGGAGGGUCUGAUCAAACGGCGCAAUUCGCUCGUUAACUGGUCGUGCGCCCUGCGCUCGGCCAUCUCCGACAUCGAAGUGGAAACGCUGGAGAUUAAGGAGCCCGUCGAGGUAGCCGUGCCAGGCUAUGAGCAGAAUGUGCUCUUCGGUCGCAUCUUUGACGUUGCCUAUCGAGUUGUCGAUGGCCAGCUUGACAAUGAUGGCCAGCCCGAGGAGAUUGUGGUGUCCACCACCAGGCCGGAAACCAUAUUGGGAGAUGUGGCGGUUGCCGUGCACCCAGCUGAUCCGCGUUAUAUCAAAUACCGCAACCGGAAGGAAGUACUGCUUCAGCAUCCUUUCAGAGACGACACGAUUCCCCUAAUCUUUGACAUCGCAGUAGAUAUGGAGUUUGGCAGCGGCGCUGUGAAGCUAACGCCAGCCCACGACAAAUUCGAUUUCGAGAUGGCCACGCGCCACAAGCUGACGGGCCGUCGCGUCUUCACCGAAAGCGGCGAGAUCGAUGAAGCAUAUCCAGAGUUCCAGGGAAAGCCCCGCUUCGAGGCACGCGAUCUUAUCGUGGAGCGUUUGGAACAGAUGGAGCUGCUGCGCGAGGUGCGCGCGCAUAGUAUGCAAUUGCCGAUAUGCUCCCGCUCGAAGGAUGUCAUUGAGUAUAUGACGGUGCCGCAGUGGUUCCUCAAGACCAAGUCCAUGUGCGAGGCCGCCUUGUCGGAGCUGAAGAGCGGAAGACUGCAAAUAAUGCCCUCAACAUUCGAGACGGACUGGGAGAGAUGGCUGACUGACUCGCGGGAUUGGUGCAUCUCUCGCCAGCUGUGGUGGGGUCACCAGGUGCCCGCCUACGAGGCCUUCGACUCCAGGGGCAACAGCUGCUGGGUGGCGGCCACCGACGAGAAGACGGCGCGCGAGAAGGCAAUCAGCAAAUUGGGCACGAAAGAGGUGAGGCUGACUCGGGACGUGGAUGUGCUGGAUACCUGGUUCUCCUCGUCGCUGUUGCCCUUCUCCGUGGCUGGUUGGCCCAAUGAGAGCUACAAGGAGAAAUAUCCACUCGAUCUGAUGCAGACGGGGCAUGAUAUACUCUUCUUCUGGGUCGCUCGCAUGAUGAUGAUGGGACUGAAGCUGACGGGGAAGGCGCCCUUUCAGCGCAUUCUGCUCAAUGGCAUCGUGUGCGAUGCUCAGGGUCGCAAGAUGUCCAAGAGCUUGGGCAACAUCGUCACGCCACAGCAAGUGGUGCAGGGCGCCAGCCUGGAGAGCCUGAAAGCCACACUGCAGCAAUCGAGCGAUGCGGGCGUAAUCAAGCCUGAAGAGCUGCGAACCUCCACAGAGGGCCUCGUCAAGAUGUUCCCGAACGGCAUUCGGGAGUGCGGCACCGAUGCUCUACGCUUCACGCUGCUGAGCCACAACAUCAAGCACCACUUCAUUAACUUCGAUGUGACCGCCUGCUACACCAACAAACUGUUCCUCAACAAGAUCUGGCAAGCGAUGCGCUUCACACUGGGCUCCGCUCAGUCUCUGGGCAUUACCCUAGACGAAUUCGAGACGAUGGAGGGCGUGCAGCUGAGCAUGUGGGACCGUUGGAUCAUUGGCAGAUUGGCUGAGACGCUGGCCAUAUGCUCGGAGAGCUCCACCAACUACAAUUUCCACAUGGCCACAUCAGCGCUAAAGCAUUUCUUCUAUCAGAAUCUGUGUGAUGUGUAUUUGGAAACCACCAAGACAGCGAUCAGGAACCGCACCCACGAUGCGUACGUGCACGUGGGCACAUUGACCGCCUGCCUCAGCUGGGGCUUGCAGGCCCUGGCGCCCUUCACGCCCUUCGUUGCCUCUGAGCUGCUGCAGCAUGUCCCACUGAACAUCGAACUCAAGCUAUCCGAGUAUCAAGAUCCCAAACUGCAGGCGGAGGUCGCUGACAUCGUCAGCGUUUGCACCAAUGUGCGCCAGAUGAAGAGUCGCAAUCAGAUCAGCAAUCGUCAUUCCCCAAAGCUGUCUCUAUUUGCCCAGAAUGAGGAAGCAGAAACGAUACUGCGUCGGCAUCUGGCACAGAUUGGCGUGCUCACGCGCUGCGGCUGCGUGGAGCUGGAGCUGCUCAAUGAGGACUCGAAGUUCUCCAAGAAACUGAACUUCUUUUCAACUGCCGGUGCACUCUGCUCCUUUGGCAUCACCAUAAAGGAGGACUUCCCAAUACCAAAAGAGCAGCGCGAAGAGAUAAUAAAGACGAACAAGAAGAAGCUGAAGAAGCUGGUCAACGAGCUGCAAAAGUACAAGGUGCGCGUCGACAAUGAGGCGUUCCAGCUUAUGGCAGACUCGGCUACCAAGACGCAUUUUAAUAAUCGGAUCAAAGAGCUGCAGGCGGAGAUAGACAACCUGAUACGUCUGGCGGCGUAGUCCCACUUCCAUCUAGUCAUACUCAAUCGUGUUAGAUAAAUUAUGUACAGUUAUAGCAUUGCCUUACUCUACACUAUUGUUAGCUAGAACUAUGCGAUAAAACUAAUAUCUGUUAUAUA